AUGGCUGCCACCGCAGAGCACCCAGUACACAACGUCGCCAAGGCCGGCUUCGGGACGGGGACGAACGAGCUCUACGAUCGUGCUCGGCCCUCGUACCCGCCUGCCGCCCUCUCCCACAUCCGCAAUGCCCUCGCUGCCUCUGCCCCACUCAACGUCGUCGAGAUCGGCGCGGGCACCGGCAUCUUCACCCGCGCGCUCCUCGCCCACCCCGACUGGUCCCAAUCCGUGAACCAGCUCCGCGCCAUCGAGCCUUCAGAAGGCAUGCGCGACGUCUUCGCAAAGUCCGUGCAUGACCCCCGCGUCUCCGUCGCCGAGGGCACCUUCGACUCCACCGGCGUCGACGACGGGUGGGCCGACCUCGUCGUCAUCGCACAGGCGUUCCACUGGUGCCUGGACUACGAUAAGGCCUCCGCCGAGUUCGCCCGCAUCCUCAAGCCCACCGGCAUCCUCGCCCUUAUCUGGAACCUCGAGAACAGGGACGGCGCGCCGUGGGUCGCCCAGCUGCGCGACCGCAUCGAGCCCGAAGAGCUGCGCACCCCCCAGUUUCGCCUCGGCCUCUGGCGCGCCAUGUUCGCCACCCCCUCCUACACCGCCCGCUUCGCCCCGCCCGACGAGCGCACCUGGUCCUACGCCCUCACCGGCACCCGCGCCCUCGUGCUCGACCGCGCCCAGAGCAAGAGCUACAUCGCCAUCCUCCCCCCGGACGACAAGGCCGCCGUCGUCCGCGAUAUCAACGCCGUUCUCGACCGCGCGGACGGGCUGGUCUGGCUCGAUCAGAAGGAGGGCGUGUUUGAGUAUCCGUACAAGACUUUGGUCGUGAUCGCGCGGAAGAAGUGA